AUGCUCUCCUCUUCAUCCCUCCAUCUCCUCGCGCCGCCGCCUCACCGCUACCCCGCCGCCGUAGGCUAUGGGAAGGCCGCCGGACGUCGCAGCAGAGUAAGAGCGGGGACCUCCCGGGAGGAAAAUCCCGGAGCUCUCUCCCCCUCGCCGGCAGCGCCGCCGUCCUCUUCCCUAUCUCAACAUCGAGUUCCUCGGAGGUCGAUUUCUCUGGCGGGUUCCGCUGCCCUACUUCUCUGGUCCCUCCCAGGUAUUCUUACCCUUCUUCUCGGCUCCUCCGGCGAGAAACCCUAGCGUAGGAUCUCCGGUCCUUUUGUUUGCCUCGUUGUGUUCUUCACGGCGAUGGAGGAUUGAUAACCCAAGGUCUCCUGUGGUGGCAGCUUGCGCUGGAGUUCUAUCGGGGUUCCCCGGACUGGAGUCCGUGCCGGGGCCCGAGCUUCCUCAGAUCGACUUCCUCAACCGGUGGAAUGGUUCCGAUUCCAACACUGGCUUGGAGGAUUUAUGCGGUUGAUAAUGUUCGUCUUAGGGCGCCGAGUUUCUAGAUCGAUGAAUUCCUCCGCUCCCUUCCCCCUUUUGCAGAAGAAAAACGGAAGAAGUACGAAGAGCUGGACUCGAGGUUUCGAUCGUCUUCCGUGCUGAAAGAGCUGCUAGAGAAAUCUAAGCAGAACAAGGACAGGUCUCAAUUCUCUCCUCAACCUAUUUACGAAUCCAAACACAUAUUUCCUGCCAUGGAAUGUAAAAUCAUCAUCUAACUGGAAGAAUGUUCAUGAACUAGAGUGCUCAUAUCUUUCUUGGGUCUCUGAGUCUUGUGCAUGUCGGGGAUUUCCACCAUCAGUUCUUCGGAUUCCCUAGGGACGCUUUAUCUGCAAGCUUGAUCUGUUUAUCUCUCUAGAUUCAACUCAAAUCGGCAAGCUUUGUUUCUACACCACCUUCCUGUGAUCAGAACAUUGGAUCAAUCUUUCAUCCAUGAAGGGAUAGGAAAGAUAUUCGAUGAAAUAUCUGAAAUCUCAUCCAAACAUCAGUUCCUGACAGGAUCUAGUUCUUGUCGUGGAGAAUUCUCAUCUUCUGCUACAACUCAUGGAUAGAGGAGCUCUUGUCAUUGAUUUCCUCCCGGCCUGGCACAGAAUCUGCCCUAGAGAUGAACCCAGAAGGCUUCCUAGUAGUCACACCAUUUGUGAUCUGUGCUUUCUGCUGUGAUGAUUUCAGGAACAAGAGGGCGAUUCAGGAUAAGUACUGUAUCCGUGGCGCCGAGUGGGGCGUCGGCGACUGUUCGACUGAUGGGAUGACACAGGACGAGAAGGACGCAUUCAUCAAGGAGUUGAAGAAGAGGAGUGGAGUCGAGUGA